CUCCUCUACCAUCACCCUCCCAUCUGGACACCAGGCCCUCUACUCGCCCAUCAUGAGGUUCAACACUCAGGCACUCACCUGCAUCGCACUCGCAGGAGCAGCAGCCGCUGCACCCUCCUCCACCUCCGACCUCACCUUUACAUCCACAAACUCACUCACCUCCUGGCUCUCCUCAUCCAUCCAGACUGUACUCGCACCCAUCUUUGGCGGCGUGACUAAAGAGGUCAGCGUAGCUACAUCCCUCGCCAGCUACGAAGCCAGCGACAAGUCCAUCUACGAUGUCAUCACCACAAACGAGCACUUCACUAAGCUGGCAAAGGCAGUCAACUACUCUAGCGACUCCACAAAGGACCUCCUCAAGGGCAAGACUGGAGUGCCCCUCACCAUCUUUGCACCCGUGAACUGGGAGGACCCUCACCACGAGGGUCAGCUCAUGGCUUCCCUCGAGGGACCUCACUCGGCUGCACUCAUGCAGGCUACCAACAGCUGGGCCGUCGUAUCCAAGCACAUCGACGACUACGAGACCGCUGUAGCCUCCCUCAGCUCAUCCGACGAUGACAAGGAGAGGCGAAGGCGCCGUCUUGCCUACUUCAUCGACGCCGUCUUGGCCUACCACCUUGUCGACGCGGACAAGGAGACCAUCAGCUCUACUCAACUCGCACAGAACUCCACCGUUGGCACCAAGCUCAGCAUCGAUGGGAAGAUUGCCGAGUACAUUGGCAAGCUCAAUGAUGGUCUGCCCCUCCGUAUCCGCGUCGGCAAGUCCCUCCUGCCUAAGCCAGGCGUCUACCUCAACUUCUACUCCCGCGUCGUCUACCCGGACGCCAAGCUGAGCAACGGAGUCCUGCACGCAGUCAGCUACCCGCUCGCCCAAUUCCCUAGCAUCUUGCAGGGACUCUACUGGAGCGAGCCUCAGUUCAGUACCCUGACCACUGCUUUCCUCAAGACUGGCUCCGAGGGAUACCUCGCUCUUCCCGUUGCUAAGCGACCAAGCCACAAGACAAACGACGACGAUGAGCAUCAUCACCACCACAAUCAGAGCCUCAGGUACGGGCUGAGCGACCCCAAGGGUACCACUGCCUCGACUCUGUUCGCUCCUAGCAACGCAGCCUGGGACCGACUUCCCUGGGGCUUCCGCGCUUUCCUCUUCUCUCCCGGCAAAGGCGCUGAUCUCCUCGGCAAGGUCCUCAUGCUCCACUCCAUUCCCAACGACGUCUUCUACGCCGACUCUGUGCACCACGUUACGAAGCACGAGACGCCCACGGAGGUCAAGGGCGAGACCUUUACAAUCGACGCUGAUUCUGCUUACAAGCUCUUAUCAGGUGGCGACGACGAUGGUGACGACAAGCCUCCCCAUGGCUCCUCCAACGUGACUCGCUACGUCUUUGACUCUGUCCUUCCCAAGAUCCACAGCGGCAAGAACCACACUACCCCUCCACCCGACAAGGCGCGCAAGUUUGAAAAGGUCUACGUCGACGUGUACCGCUACUAUCUCUUGCCUGGUUCCAAGGGACCACUGCAGACUAGGGUUACCGUGCAGGGCGUAGCGGUCCUGAUUCAGGAUGUGGUCAAUUUGAAUGGAGCUACGCACCUGAUUACGCGAUUCAUCAAGCCAGAGGGACACCCGCACAAGGGCAUUUGGGCGGAAAUUGCUGAAGAGGCAGAAAAAGCUGGAUUUGGAGCAGUGGACUUGGUUGAGGAGGCUAGAUUGAACAGGUGGUGAGAGGGAGAGCAAAGAAGCGGAGGAAUACCCAAGGGGCCCUCGUUGAAGGAGAAAGCUUUUGCACGAGGGGGGCUCCGUCUACGGGCCCAACUUUCGAUCCUCUCGUGUGCAUCACAACGACCGAUGAUACUCCUGUAGCUCUAUCACCAUUAGCACCACCACCACCACCUCCGACACUGUACCUCUUUGAACUCUCUCGUCCCCAUCCCCACCCUCGACCUCGUCCUUGUUCUGUAGUAUCAUUUCCCAAAAACUCUCCCAGAAUCGACCAUCCCACCACUCCCACUCCCGCUCUCAUUAUCAUUACAAUCGCACUCCCAUCAUCC